AUGCUGCAGCAGGCUGUUUCGUACGUUAUUUCAGCCUUGGCGAAAGUGGGAGACAUUGAUGCGAGUAAUGUCGAAACGUCACUUGUGAGGCGGACCUUGCGCAUUCGGGACAUGGUACUUAGACAAGACACCGUUAAUGCUUUUCUUCCUUUUCCCAUACAAUCUGGACGCGUCAACGAUCUCCGUGUGGAGCUUCCGUGGCCAACCUCUAACGAACCAUUGCUAAUAUUUUCUGAGGGGAUAACUAUCACAUUGAAGGGUGACGUCCCUAAAUUUAACACGAAUGAAAUGAAUAAGGAGGAGAUACGAAGUGGUAUCACAGAGGAGAGUAUUUUUGGAGCCAUGGAGGCGCCUUCUGUUGUAGCCAAUUUGUUUGAAGGUUGA